ACCAUCGAUUGCUUCGAUCGCCUCCGCUCUGUCCCGUCCCAUCGCCGAAACUGCCGCCUACACAGUGCCCGUCACCCGCCGUCAUUUCCUCCGCCGCAUCUGCGCCCUACUGUCCGCCGUCCUCCGUCCGCAUCCACCACAUCCGCCUCCGCCAUCAUCAUCACUUCGGCUACCUCCCCCGCGCUCCAGCCGGCGACAGCACGACGCCGCCAGUGCUCCGGUAGCGUGCAUCCCCGAAGGCCCGGACUACCGUCGCGGUCCCCGCACGCCCAUCCCCUGCGUUCCAGCCGGCACGCCGCCGCCAGUGCUCCGGUAGCCUGCAUCGCCGGCUCGCCGCCGCUCCAUCCCGUUCCGUCGCCGAAACUGCGGCCGAUCCCAACAAGCCCCUCCCCCGACGCACGUCCCUGCGUACCGCACGCCGCCUUCCUCGACUCCGAAAAUAAAGGCACGACGGCUGCCUCCUAUCAGUGCCGGCUGGUCUCAAGUACUUCCAUGUCAGCAGCUGAUCUGAAGACGUGAUUUUGGCUGUCUACAACGUGUGAAAUCAGAUGGAUCCUCUGAACAUUACUAAAGAACAUGAAAGAGGACCCCAUGCUGCCCCAAUGACAGAUGAGCAAAGGGAGGAGAAGAACAGGAAGAGGCGUGAGGCGUAUCACCGUGAAAAAAUAAGUGCUCCCUCGAUGACAGAUGAGCAAAGGGAGGAGAAGAACAGAAAGCGGCGUGAGGCAUAUAAGAGGAAGAAGAGUCAUGCGCUCAACAAGGAAAAUGAUCAAGGUUCGGCUUUGCUCAAAGGAGAAAGUGAUAAAAAUUUUACUCCCUUGAAGUCAGUUGAUACAAAUAUUGAAAGAAACAAGAAUAGGCAUAACAAGGAAAAUGAUCCAGUUUCGGCUUUGCUCGAAGGAGAAAGUGAUAAAAGUCUGUCUCCCUUGAAGUCAGUUGAUACAAUUGAAAGAAACAAAAAGAGGCAAAACAAGAAAAAUGAUCCAGGUUUGGAUUUGCUCAAAGGAGAAAGUGAUAAAAUAUUGACUCCAAUGAAGUCAUUCGAUUCAAAUAUUGAACGAAAUAAGAAGGGGUGUGAAGGUUAUCAGAAAAAGAAUGAUGAAACACAGAGCAAAUCAAUUUCUACAGAACCCCUUGCACCCAUCAUUUGCACUCCAAUUGUCGUCGAGCCUCCCACAUGUCUACCUUUCAACGAUGAAACAGUAGAUGCAAACCCGGUCAACAUAGUGAAGCCUAUUCUCUCUGACACAUGCACAGAUGUCCCACCAGGUAGAUGAUUGCUUAGAUUUGAAUCAUAAGUUUGUUAUGUAUGAUGUGCAUAUACUUUUUCUUAGUUUUGUACCAAAUGUUGUAGAUAUAUUGUGUGUUAGAAAAUAUACUGGCUUUUUUGUGUUAGAAAUCAAUGUUUUAGGAUGAGUUUAAUGCUAAAUUGCGUGAUGCAUGUAAGUAUGUCAGAUAAUUUGAAACGUUUGAUGAUGUAAUAGUAACUUUAUAUAACUUUAUACUUACAGUACUAUGCUAUCAACCCUCGACCGCAUGUGCGGAUGCCCCUGGUGUCAGUGUUGAAUCUUGUGAAACAAAGGUUUUAACUGAUGAACAGCGGGCCCAUAGAAAUAAGCGCCGUCGUGAAUUAUAUCAUGAGAAAAAACAGUCGACGACGCCAUUGGACGUAGAUCGAAGGGAUAGCAUAAAGCAACGGAGACGAGAAGCAUAUCAUGCAAAGAAAGAGGCAACCCAAAUGUCAAUAAAUAAGUCCAAGUCUAAGAAGACUUGUGCUCAACUUAGUCAAGAGUACAAGAGAAGACAAAGAGAGUUUCACGAGAACAAUCUACAUCCAGAUUCCAUCGCCAUGGAAAAUCCGCAAUUUACACCUCAACUCAUCUUGCCCUCUGAAGGUCAACCCACAGUAAGAGCUGAGGAUUUGGUUUUUCCAGAGUCAAAUUUAACGCCGUUGUACAUCCAGACUACAUCAGAUCAGGUUUCAAAAAAAAACCCACUGCUUGAAAAAAGCAUUGAGUUUCCUAUCACGCAAAAAUUUCGUCGACGCGGAGUUACUGCGGGGGAGAGACAAAACCUAUUAGCGCGGCGUAAUCUCCUAUUUGAGUCAAUGAUAGGAAGAAAUACCAUGGGUUCUUCCGAUGAAAGUUCCAGUGUAGAUGGCGUUCCCACUCAAUCUGCCGUCAUCAAUCACGGUGAAUACCACUUAUUUCUUACCUAAUAUGCUGCCAUCAACACCAAUGUUGCUGAUCACUAAAAUAAUUCAUGCUUCUAUAGGAAAAUCAUGCUUAAAAUCAGCUCACCACACAACUCCAGGGUCUCAACCAUCUGUUGCAAAUGCAGGUGAUUUUACAACCAUCCUUAUAGCUUUCUGUAACAUGAAAAAUUCUUGGUGAUAUGUUGUUUCAAUUUUAAUGUAGUAUUAAAUUCACAUUCCCAAGGGAUGCAACAUUCGAGUAACGAGAAAUCACCUGACACCAACCCACAUACGAAUUCAUCAUUCGUUGAGGAUGGUAAGUUAUUCUAAGUUAUAUUUGAUUAACACUCGGCAAACUAUUCACUUUGAUAUGUACUAAUUACAAAAAAAAAAUUGUAAAUCUCUCCAAAACCUAGAUGGUGAUGAGGAUGUUGUAUUUGAGGAGGACGAGGAAGAGGAUGAGGGUUAUCUUUUUACCGGACACGGUAUUUGUCCUACAUAUCUAAUAUGACCAGUACCAACCUUUGAUCAUUUAAAAAUAUUUUAUUAUCUAUUGUAUUGAAUAUAGAAGAAGAAGACGAAAUCAAUGUGGAAAUCAACCUUGACGAGGAAGAUAAUGGUGUGCCAGAUGUGUUGGAUCCUUAUGACGUGGUCUAUGCUAAUGUUCCAUCUGAAACACAUAAGUUAGAGGCGGUGGAGAAUUGCGAGCACUGCAAUGCUAAGAAGUUUGAGUACGAAACUCCAGGGUUUUGUUGUCGCAGUGGGCAGAUACAUUUAUCCACACCCGACACACCGCCUGAACUUAUGAGGUUGUGGACGGCUUCAGAUGCUGAUGCAAGGCACUUCCAUUCUAACAUCAGGUUUUUCAACGGUCAUUUCUCAUUUACUUCGCUAUAUUGUCACCUUGAUCGCAUGACCACGAACAUGCGUAAUGGAGGCAUGUAUACGUUCCGUGCCCAUGGUCAAUUUUACCACAAUGUAUGUUCAUUUGGUAAAGAGGAGGGCACUGAGCCAAGACAUCUUGAGUUGUAUUUCCAUGAUGAUGAUCCUUCGCUCGAGCUUCGUUAUCGAAGAUGUCGAGAGGAAUGCCUAAGGAAAGACAAGGAAGUCAUCGAUAGGUUGGUUGCGAUCAUGCGGGGCAACCCAUACUCUGAGCAUUUUAGGACUAUGGGUGCAGUUGAUGAUCUGGAGGAUUAUCAUGUGGAAUUGAAUCUUGACCAAAGGUUGGACCAACGAACCUACAAUGUACCUAUCACAUCAGAGGUUGCUGCAGUUUGGAUAGAGGGUAGCGAGCGUCAUUGGCAGUUCGAGCAUAGUGUUGUACUCUAAGGGAAGGAUAGAUCUAUUCACGGCAUUCGAUCGUACCGUGGUUGUUAUGAUGCUCUGUCAUGCCCACUAUUCUUUCCUAGGGGUGAGCUUGGGUGGCACAAUUGCAUCCCAAAGGUGGGAGUCACAGCGGAGCAAGUUAAUGCUGCUCGUGAAGUCCGAAAGGCACGUGCAGGCGGCGAGGAUCUAGGGAGUGCUGGAAAUUUAUGUGUCUCAGUGCGUGACUACUACUGCUACAAAUUUCAAAUACGUCCUGGUAUUUUCAACCCAAUAUUUUAUGGCAAGCGGUUUUUUCAACAAUUUGCCAUUGAUACAUAUGUUAAGAUUGAAAGCUCUCGAUUAGAUUACAUCCAAAAUAAUCAGGAUAGUCUCAGGGCCGACCUGUACCAGGGUCUUGUCGAUAGUUUGAACGCUGGUGAGGGCCGAGCUGAUGCUGUUGGAAGACGUACUGUCCUUUCUACAACAUUCAUUGGAGGUCCUCAUGAUAUGAGGCGUCGAUAUAUGGAUGCAAUGGCCUUGGUACGCAAGUACGGUAAACCGGAUAUCUUUCUAACAAUGACCUACAAUCCUAAUUGGGAUGAGAAUCAGGAAUGAACUGUAUCCAGGCCAGUUAGCACAAGAUCGGCCGGAUCUUGUAUCCCGUGUGUUCAGGGCGAAGCUGGAGGCUAUGAAAAUAAAGUUGUUGAAGAAUGAUAUACUUGAAAAGGUUCGGGCGUUCGUGUAUGUUGUGGAGUUUCAGAAGAGGGGUCUACCACAUGCUCACUUCUUGCUCAUAAUGAAAAGGAAAUGGAUGUGCUGAGUUGCCAAACAAGAAGAAAUAUCCAGAGCUGUACAUGAUGGUGACUAAGCAUAUGAUGCAUGGGCCGUGCGGUGUGCUAAAUCCAAAUUGUCUGUGUACUAAGGGUCGUUCUUCAUGCAAAAAUCAUUAUCCACGUCCAUUCGCGGAGUCCACCUCACAGGGUAAAGAUUCUUACCCUAUAUAUCGUCGUCGUGACAAUGGGUGUAAAGAGAAGGUUCGAGGUUAUAAGCUUGACAAUCGGUGGGUUGUCCCUUAUAACCCACACCUAUUGCGUGCAUUCAAUUGUCACAUAAAUGUUGAGGCAUGUAGCAGCAUUAAAUCGGUAAACUAUUUAUUCAAGUAUGUAUACAAAGGUCAUGAUCGGGCUUCAAUAGCAGUUAGGGAGUCUGGUCAGGAGGAUAAAUAAGGGAACGUAGAUGAGAUCAAAGCAUACAGAGACGCUCGAUGGGUGACCCCUCCAGAGGCGUUGUGGAGGAUAUAUGGUUUUGACCUUAGCAAGAAUCAUCCCCCGUACAACAACUCCAGCUUCAUCUUCCCGACAUGCACAUGGUGUCAUUUCACAAUCGUCAAAAGAUUGAGCUCGUUGUUAAUAAACCAGGUGUUGAUGAAUCAAUGUUUACUUCAUAUUUUAAAGCAAACGGAUUGCACGACUUUGCUCGUAACAUAUUAUAUCGUGAUUUCCCAGAAUUUUUCACAUGACAGUCUGAUGGUAAAUUUUGGCGUCCAAGGAAACGAGCUAACACUGGGCAAGUUGGGAGGAUCGUAUCAGCUCAUCCAGCUGAAGGUGAACGCUUCUAUCUCUGGAUUCUCCUAAAUCAUGUGGCUGGAGCAACUUCAUAUGAAGAUUUGAGAACCGUUGAUGGCGUUAUACAACCUUCUUUCCGUGAAGCUGCGGAGAAAAGAGGGUUGAUUGAGGAGGACAGCUCACUUGACGAGUGUCUUUCUGAAGCUGCCUUGUAUCAGAUGCCAUCAUCACUAUGAAGGCUUUUUGCAACAAUAUUGGUAUUUUGUGAACCGAGUGAUGUAUUCACACUUUGGCAAAAACACUUGGACGCAAUGUCUGAGGAUUAUCGUCGCAACAAUCCAUCAGAUGCUAUUGUUGAGCAGAUGGUCCUAAUUGAUAUUAGAAACAUGCUACAAUCAAUGGGGAAGGAUAUAAAAUCAUUCCCUCUUCCUGAGAUUGAUAACACUUAUGAUGACGCUUGUGGUGUUCCACGAGAGAUAUUUGAGGAAUCAAAUAUAGAGAGCACCGAGGAUGAUGUGGACUUAUCUGAGUCACUUAACAAUGAGCAGAGGGCUGCUUACGAUGAGAUCUUGUUAUCUAUUGAUUCCAAUGACGGCGGGUUGUUUUUUGUGGAUGGCCCUAGUGGCACCAGAAAAACAUUCUUGUAUAGGGCUUUGCUUGCCAAAGUCCACAGUCAGAACAAGAUCGCUGUUGCGACUGCUACGUCUGGGGUUACUGCAUCCAUAAUGCAUUAAUGUCUGGUGGGAGAACAGCGCAUUCACGUUUCAAGAUUCCACUUACCAUUGAUAGUGGUGGAUAUUGUAGUUUCACUAAACAAAGUGGUACAGCUACUCUGCUACACACUGCUUCUUUGAUUGUUUUGGAUGAGGUUUCUAUGAUCAAGAAACAAGCAGUGGAGGCGUUGGAUAAUAGCAUAGUGAUAUAAUGGAUACGGCGGAUUUGCCUUUUGGUGGGAAGACUGUUGUGUUUGGGGGAGAUUUUAGGCAGGUUCUACCGGUUGUCAGGAAGGGGUCAAGGGCUCAGAUAGUGGAUGCUUCGUUACGCAGGUCAUACCUUUGGGAUUACAUGCGCCACCUAAAGCUUGUGCGCAACAUGUGAGCGCACAGUGACCAUGGUUUGCUGAAUAUCUUUUGCGCAUUGGCAAUGGAAUAGAGGAGGCCAAUGCUGAUGGUGAAGUUCGUCUCCCAGACGAAAGUUGCGUGCCAUAUACUGGAGAUGGCAAUGAUCUUGAUAGAUUAAUCGAAUGCAUCUUCCCUAACCUUAAUGAGAACAUGGCAGACAAGGACUACAUCACUUCCAGAGCUAUUUUGUCCACACGCAAUGAUUGGGUUGAUAGGAUUAAUAUGAAGAUGAUUGGAUCUUUCUAAGGUGGAGAGGUGGAGUAUCAUAGUUUUGAUUCUGCUGUAGAUGAUCCACACAACUAUUAUCCAUCGGAGUUUCUUAACACCCUUACACCCAAUGGAUUGCCUCCACAUGUGUUAAAGCUAAAGGUAGGUUGUCCAAUAAUAUUGCUUCGGAACAUUGAUCCUGCAAAUGGUUUAUGUAAUGGUACAAGGUUGGUUGUCCGUGGUUUUCAAAGAAAUACUAUCGAUACUGAAAUCGUAUUGGGCCAGCAUGCUGGAAAACGAGUUUUCCUCCCUCGGAUACCCUUGUGCCCCUUUGAUGACGAGAUGUUCCCGUUUCAAUUCAAAAGGAAACAGUUUCUUAUCCGGCUCAGUUUUGCCAUGACGGCCAACAAGUCACAAGGUCAGACUAUUCCUAACGUCGGUGUUUACCUUCUUGACCCCGUGUUCUCACAUGGGCAAUUGUAUGUUGCAAUGUCAAGGGCAACUGCUAGAACAAACAACAAGAUUCUAGCACUUCCACCUAAUGCCACUGAGCUGGAGGAAGUAGCUAAAAAAGAGAAGAAAAAUGCUAAAAAGAAGGGUAAGGAGACUAUCAAUAACAAGAAAGAAAAGAAAAAGAUCCCAAUAUACAUUUACGAAGAAUAUCGUAUACAAGGAGGUCCUA